AUGAGAGUUUCCUGUAUUAUUUUUUCAGUUUUCUUACCAAAUUCUGUGAUUGCGAGUUGUUUAGAGCGUUUGACUCAUGGCUAUCGUUUAGACAACUUCACUACAGAAAUUAUAUCCAAUAUUGGUGUCCACACUUGUAUUAAAGAAUGUCUUCUUCGUAAACCUCACUGUCAAUCCAUCAAUUACAACAUACAACAUUUCCUGUGCGGACUCAACUCUAGAGAGGAUGAAGACAUCGAGUUGGAGGGAGUCCCGGACUACAACAGUAUCUUCGCUAACGUGGUGACAGAUUCGCUGCAAUCUCUUGGAAAGUGCAAGGAAGUAGUCUGCCAACCCCUUCAUAAAUGUGUCACGACCCAGUUCACUGAAGUUUGUAUUUCAACAGCUUGUAGCAACGGAACGUAUGGUAAGGAUGGUCAGUGCCUGCCUUGUCCCGCGGGUCAGUACAACGAUGGAUCCAAGCAAUGGUGUUCUUUUUGCCCUCCUGGAAGAUACAAUAACAAAACGGGGUCAAGUUCUUGCCGACGGUGUCCAAAUGGUACUUACAAUACGUUACACGGCCAGACUACCUUAGAUUCUUGUGUACCGUGUUCACCUGGAACUUAUCAGUCUAAAUCAGGUCAAAGGAAAUGUUUGAAUUGUCCUUGGAAUUCAUAUCAAGAUCAAAAAGGCCAGGCAUCCUGCAAAUUAUGCUCCAAUCUCUCUCAAUGUGUCAACGAAGAAAGAACAGAAUGCCACACUCUUCCCAAACACGUGAAACGGAUGGGAUAUGACGGGUACAAUGAGGGGGACAAAAACAAACCUCAAUGCAAGAAGGCAUGCCGGGAGAAACUGGACUGUGUUGGUUUCACUGUGUCUCCUGAGGACAACUCGACCUGUUACACACACACACGAUUCAGACUUACGCAAUCAACAUCGACUAAUUUCUACGAAUUUCCAUCUGGCUGUCAUCCUUGAUAUGUCUAAUCCAGGAUAAUCACAAAAAAUAAAAAUCUCUUUUUUCAAAAACCAAAUUUCCAGUAAUAUUUAACCCUUUGCAUAUAAGCUCCCAGGGACAAUGAUUGUAUCAUAAUGGGAUUUUUUCGUGGAUAUUAAAAAGCAAUCUGAACUAUUUUUCUGAUAAACGUUA